CGACGACACCUCUCCUCCGUUCCCUCUCUCUCCUCUCCGAUCGCGUUCUCUCUCUUCCCCUCCUCACCUGUGUCGUCGGCGUCGCCAGCGCCGGCCAUGGGUUGCGGUGGCUCCAAGGAUGACGUGGCCACAGGCAACACCACCGCCAGCGCCGGCGGCAAGCUCCUCCGGAGGAAGUCAUCCGUCCCCACCAGCCACACCUCCUCCUCCUCGUCCUCCGGCAAAACCGGCGUCGUCGUCAAGGACGUCGUGAAGGAGACGGCCGCCGGCGAGGCCAAGGAAGACGUCGUCGAGGUGACAUCCACCGAGAAGUCCAUCGCUGCUUCUGUCGUCGAAGAAAAAACAGAGGAGGUGGUGGUGGUGAAGAAGGAUGUCGCCGACGAUGUUGCUGACGCUGCCCCUGCCAUUGAGUUCACGGUGACCGAGGCCGUGGCGGCACCGGCGCCCGAAGCGGAGCAAGUCAAGAAGGCGGAGGAGCAGCAGCUGCCGGAGUCCUUCAUGGCCGAUGUGGAGCCGCCCAAGGUUGACGAGGCCAAGGAGGUGGUACUCAACGAUGAGGAGGAGAGGAAGGUAGAGAAGGUUGAGGAGAGCAAAAACGUCGAGGAGAAGGUGAUGUCUCCUGCAGUCCCGCUCCGACAAAUGCGGACGUACGUUGAAUCAGUUGGGCAGCAGAACAGUACCACGGAGCCCGUGGAGGCCAAACCGGUCGACCAGCACAAGGUAGAGGAGGUGGCCGUCUCAGAAUCGUCGGAGAAGAAGAACAACGCCGACGCCGAACAAACCACCGCCGCACCAAGUGAACCGCCGGCCAACUAAUUAAUUAGAAAGGAGGCAAAAAGACGCGUGACGCGUGCAUCCAAGCUAAAGAGAGAUGAGAUCCGAAUUGAUCAAUCCGGUCGUGUUCUUAAAUUGGUUUGUGCGUGUAUCUGAUGCGUGGAAUCAAUGUGCUCGUCGAUCGAUCUA